CACAACGAAUAUAUAUACUAUAUGUAAAAAUCAACUCCAACUGCCAUAGCACUAGCCUGCCAACUCUACAGCUGAGUACAUUCACUUUACUGCUUCUGAAAGAUGUCUGCACCUAAAGUGGAACAAAUUUCUGCAUCUGUGACGCUUGGUGAAGGACCUCACUGGGACCAAAAUGCUCAAGCACUAUAUUAUGUUAAUAUUGAAGAUGCUAACAUCCAUAAGUAUGUUCCUGCCACAAAUAAACACACAACACUAAAAAUUGAUGGCACCCAAGUCUCAUUUAUUAUUCCACUUGAAGGUACAAAAGACAAAUUUGUAAUUUCUGUGGGGAAGAAUGUUGCAAUCCUAACAUGGGAUGGUGAAAGUAGCACUCCUACUGAAUUGAAAUAUGUUUGUGCUGUUGACAAUGAGAAAGAACUUCAGAAUAACAGGCUAAAUGAUGGAAAAGCAGAUCCUACUGGUCGACUCUGGUCAGGAACAAUGGGCCCAUAUCACAAAUCUACAGGUUUCUUUGCCCCAGAGGUAGGAUCAUUUUACAGUUUCUCCAAGGACUGGAAACCAACAAAACACCUAUCCAAGAUUACAGUUUCCAAUGGCCUGGCUUGGAGUGAAGAUUUGACAACGAUGUAUUAUAUCGAUUCUGUGACGAAAAAGGUUGAUGCUUUUGACUUCGAUGCCGAAAAUUCCAAAAUCUCCAACAGACGUACAGCUUUUGAUUUUGAGCUAAAUGGUCUUGAAGGAAUUCCUGAUGGUAUGGCUAUUGAUACUGAAGGAAAACUGUGGGUUGCCUGUUUUGGAGGGAGUAAGGUGAUUCGAGUGGAUCCUACAAAUGGAAAGCUGUUAAGUCAUAUCCCAAUUCCUGCACUCCAAGUGACAUCCGUUGCAUUUGGAGGACCACAGCUCGAUGAACUGUAUGUCACUACUGCAAAUAUUUCUUGGAGUGAUGAACAGCUGCAAAAGUACCCAGGAGCUGGUGCCACUUUUAGAGUUACUGGUGUUGGUGUCAAAGGGUAUCCUGGUCAGCCAGUAAAGCUAUAAAUCAUGCUUUCCAAGAUAGUUCAAAGCAGAGAACAGUGUAUACACAAGAAUACUCCCUACUUUACUUGAAUAAAAGCAAACUGUGAACCUUGUACUAUAUCUAAGGCACAAGCAGAUUUUAUGUUGUCCACAUAUCAUUCAAAAUUGAACAAGAAAUUUUUUGGGUAA